UAAAGGUAAGCAAAACUGCCAAGUGUGCCUUUGUGUGCAGUACUGGAGCUCCACAGGGUACGGCGCUCUCACCCUUUCUGUUCACCUUUUACACCUCAGACUUCACCUACAACACCAGCAGCUGUCUGAGUUUGGGAUAGAUCCAGACUCUCCAUCUCCUCUGAUCAUUUCUUUGUUUCUCUCAGAGAAACAAACUAAUUUCUCCUCCUGAUGACAUCAAAUUAAAUAAAAACAAACUUUAAAUUGAUCCUGUCAGCUGUUUCAGUCGAGGGAAGCGUCUCGUGUUUCUGUUUCAGCAUCUCGUCCUGCUUUAUUUUCAUCCUCCUGAGUGACGCCAUCAAACAUUCUAGAGCUAAUUUUAGCGUCUCCUAAGAGGAAAACAAAAGAUAAAAAUGAAUUUACUGAGUCAGAGUUGUUUUAGGAUGUCUGUGGCUCUGAUCAGCUGGACGUUCUCAGAACAAAGAUGAUUAGAUAUGAUGCCGUGUAGCAUUACAUCUCAUAGAUCAUCUUGUUAAUCACUGCAGGAAUCUAAAUGAACUCUUCGUGUUGUCAUGACAACCCUUCACAGAGAACUCAAGAUUUUCUUUGAAACAUAAAAAAAUAAAAUUAUGAACAAAAUAAAACUUCUGAGUCAGUUCAGGAGAAGAACUCAGGAUUUAAACAAAAAAACAAACAAACAAGAUUUUACUAUUUUCUCCCAAAUCUGAGCAAACAGGAAGUGAGUUGUGGGCUGGUUUAACUGGGACCAGUCAGGAAUCAGCUGUGGGGUUUAAGGAAUCAUCUGAAGUGUUAACGACCAGGAACGUCUGUCAUCGUGUCUCCAGGAUCUUCUCUGAGGUGUCGGACUUCAUGGAAACAUCAACAGAGAGUUCUGAUAGUGGUGACCCUCCUGCCACACCCGGAGCUCCCAGAAACCCGAUCCAGAACAAACACUAGAGCUAAAAAUAUCUGAUGGGAGGGUCCGUAAAUCCGAGCCAGACGGGCUUUCAGAGGGGGAAGAAUAGAGUCACAUCUACAAUAAAAACCAAACAUCUCACAAACGCCAGCAGAAUCUUUACCUGUUCGCCAUCUGAGGCAAUGAGCUUUGCUUCUGGGUUCAAACCUCCAACACCUGGAAGUUCUGAGCCCGGUACACGUAGCAGAACCACGAUGGAGAACCUGGAGAAACAGCUGAUCUGCCCCGUGUGCUUGGAGAUGUUCUCUAAACCUGUGGUGAUCCUGCCCUGCCAGCAUAACCUGUGUCGUGGGUGUGCCAACGACGUCCUGCAGGCCACCAACCCUCUGUGGCAGCCUCGAGGCUCCUCCAGCAGCGGACGCUUCCGCUGUCCAUCAUGCCGUCAUGAGGUGGUCCUGGACCGCCACGGGGUCUUCGGCCUGCAGAGGAACCUGCUGGUGGAGAACAUCAUCGACAUCUACAGACAACAGGAGUCCUCCAGGUGAGUGAAUGAGUCUGUGGACAUGAAACAGCAGCAGCUGAUGUGUGAAGAACACGGAAAGGAGAAGAUCAACAUCUACUGCCUGUCCUGCCAGACACCCACCUGCUCCAUGUGCAAAGUGUUCGGACAACACAAGGACUGCGAGGUGGCCCCGCUCAGCAGCAUCUACACGAGACAGAAGGUGGAGCUGAGUGACGGGAUUGCUGUCUUGGUUGCCAGUAACGACCAAGUCCAGGCGGCCAUCUGUCAGAUGGAGGAAAUCUGCCGCAGCAUCGAGGAGAAUGCUCACAGACAGAGGGAGAACCUGGCUGACCAAAUCGACGACCUGAUGGCGACGUUGGAGGAGAGAAAGCACGAGCUGAUUGGAUUCAUCAGCAAACAUCAGGAUGACAAACUGAAUCAUGUGCGAUCCCUCAUCAGCUGGCACAGCGACCACCUGGAGACCGCCGUGGCACUGGUGGAGACGGCCGUUCGAUCCAUGGACGAGCCUCACAUGGCUUCGUUCAUCCAGAUCUCCGAUGUCCUGCUGGAACGGAUGUCAGUGGUGAUGAGAACCUGGAACCUUGAGCGCCUGGAGCUCGGUUACGAGAGCAUGGACCACUUCAUCAUCAACACGGACGACAUCGCAGACUCACUGAGAAACAUGGACUUCUGCUCCUGCACGUAAAGCAGGGCUGGGAUUGUAGCUGAGGUUCAUCCAGCAGACUCCCUCAGCACAUCUUAAAGGUCCCACAUCACGCUAUAGAGCAAAGGUCAGCUCAGCGGAUGAUAAAAUAUUAUUAUUGAGAUGUCCUUUUAUCUUUCACAUGAGUUAUUUCUGUCAGCCUGAAUGCAUACCCGGGAAAAAGCUUUGUGUCCGUGAAGCUCCUCCCAUACCUGCGCUUCCAAGAUGUGCCUUCAACAGCAUCUGUGAUGUCUGCUGUGGUAGUCCAGGGGUUCAAGUGUGAGCUUCUUAUUCUAGUUUCGCUGCGUGCUGACGUGGGUUUGAAUCCCGGUGGCGGCAGCAGUAACUUAUGUAGCCAGCUGAAGCAGAUUUCAUGUUUUAAUAUUUUAGUUUUGUUGAUUUUUUUUGGUAAAUUAUUUUGUGUAAAGAUCUUUGAAGCUGGUCGUUUCCAAGCAGCAUUUGAGCUGAUUUACUCUGCUCACCUCUCACGGACUCACACCAGCUAAAUAAACAAAAUAAAA